UCUUUUCCAAAAAAAUAUUUAUAAGAGGAAAUAAAUGUUCGAUAAGGGACACCAUUUCGAAAUCACCAAAUUGAACCGGAAAUAGCAAAUUCCCUCUCUCUCCAAUUAUUUACGCAUCCAAAAUUUGAAACCCUAGAGUUGAAGGUAACAAAAUUGGAAGCAGAGAAUCCGGUGGUGAGAAUUAGCGAUGAAGAGAGUGUUCGGAGCGAAGAAAGACAAGGAACCCCCUCCUUCCGUUCAAGAUGCUUCUGAUCGGAUCACUAAAAGAGGCGACAAUGUUGAGGAGAAGAUAAAGAAACUCGAUGCUGAAUUAGCUAGAUACAAGGAGCAGAUCAAGAAGACCCGGCCGGGUCCCGCGCAAGAAGCUGUUAAAGCUAGAGCAAUGAGAGUGCUAAAGCAGAAACGAAUGUAUGAAGGGCAACGCGAUAUGCUGUACAAUCAGACAUUUAAUCUCGAUCAAGUCUCGUUUGCUGCAGAGGGAAUAAAGGAUGCUCAACAGACAAUGUCAGCCUUGAAAUCGGCAAACAAGGACCUUAAGGGAAUGAUGAAGACUGUGAAAAUCGAUGACAUAGAUAGCUUGCAAGAUGAGAUGAUGGACCUCAUGGAUGUGAGCAGCGAAAUCCAAGAGAGCCUUGGGAGAAGCUAUAAUCUACCUGAUGAUAUUGAUGAGGAUGAACUCCUGGGCGAGCUUGAUGCACUGGAAGCAGACAUGGGGUUUGAGAGUGAAGGUGGAAUGCCUUCGUAUCUUCAACCUGAUAAGGAAUCUGACCUCGAUGGAGAGCUCAGCUUUCCAUCAGCACCAACUGGGCAUGCUCCCAUGCCUGCUGGUCGAGCAAACAUGCAGGCUGAAGAUGAACUAGGGCUACCGGCUGUUCCUGGACCUUCUCUCCGAAACUAGACAAGGAGUCGGUGUGCUUAUACAAGGGUGACUGUAAGCACGAACUACGGAAUCUAAAGGCCGCCGGCUGCUGCACGAAUAAACAUUGGACAACUCGAAGCAUGUGUAGGCACUCUAGGUAAAUUGAAAACUUUGAUGUGUAUAGGAGAAGAUGCUCUGAUUGCUCAAACAAGUUAUUGUUUUUGGGUAUUUUUUUUUUGGUGUGUGUAGACACAUGUUGAUUUGUAAAUGAAUUUGUAAUGGAUUUGGCUCUUAUCAUUUGUUGAAUUUCUACUUCAAAUUACGCUAA